UCCGCACUCCCCUUCCGGUUUUUAUUUACAAAGUGUCUUCACCGGGAAGGUCAGCAUUUCGAGGCCCCGCUGGUGAAAACUAUCGACGUGACAAUGUCCGAAGCUGCAGAAAGAGACACUUUAUGUUUUUUUGUCAACGGGAAAAAGGUGACUGAAGAGCACGUGGAUCCUGAGACCACGCUGUUGUCCUUCCUGAGACAAAAGCUGAGGUUAACUGGAACCAAAUAUGGCUGCGGAGGAGGAGGCUGCGGUGCAUGCACCGUGAUGGUGUCACGCUAUCGGACUUCAAACAAAACCAUUGUUCAUUACUCGGCCAACGCCUGCCUGAUGCCACUCUGCCAGCUUCACGGAGCCGCCAUUACCACCGUUGAGGGUGUUGGGAGUACCAAGACCAGGAUCCACCCUGUCCAGGAGCGGAUAGCGAAGGCGCAUGGCUCCCAGUGCGGCUUCUGCACUCCAGGCAUGGUGAUGUCUAUGUACACCCUUCUGCGGAACAAUCCUCAGCCCAGCCUAGAUGACAUCACCGAGGCGAUGGCUGGGAAUCUGUGCCGCUGCACCGGAUAUCGGCCCAUUGUUGACGGCUGCAGGACCUUCUGUCAAGAUGCCAACUGCUGCCAAGUCAACGGUGAGAAAAACUGCUGCAGCGAGGAAGAAAAAUAUGAUGAAACUCCAUUGCUGUUUGACAAGUUGGACUUUCUGCCACUGGACGCAACACAAGACCUGAUCUUUCCCCCGGAACUGAUUCUGAUGGCGGAAACAGACAGGCCACAGACACUCACAUUUCGUGGGGAGAGGAUGACCUGGAAAUCCCCUGUUCUGCUAGAGGAGCUGGUCCAGCUCAAGACCAGCAACCCAAAGGCUCCGUUGAUCAUGGGGAAUACUAAUUUAGGUCCGGAUAUGAAAUUCAAAGGCAUUCUGCAUCCAUUGGUGAUAUCUUCCAUCCGAGUAUUGGAGCUCUUUGAGGUGACUGAGACGCCACAUGGUGUUUGUUUGGGAGCGGGCUACACCCUCUCCGAGACCCGGGCUAUUUUAAAUAAGUUUUGCAGCCAGUUUCCAGAGGAGAAGACAGAGCUGUUCAGAGCGCUCAUCAAGCAGCUAGGGAAUUUGGGAAGCCAGCAGAUCCGCAAUGUUGCUACUCUUGGAGGAAACAUUAUGAGUGCAUAUCCAAACUCUGACCUAAACCCAGUUUUUGCUGCCGGUAACUGCAGCGUGAGCGUCAUCAACAUUGAAGGAAAACGGGAGGUUCCACUCAAUCAGGACUUCUUUGUGAGCCUUGGGAAGACCAUCUUGAAGCCAGAGGAGAUUGUUGUCUCUUUGCUAAUCCCUUUCUCCAGAAAGGGAGAGUUUGUUCGAGCGUUCCGUCAGGCUCCAAGAAAGGAGAGCGCAUUUGCUACUGUGACCACUGGGAUGCGAGUCAUGUUCUCUAAAGGGUCCAGAAUAGUAGAAGAUAUCAGUAUUUACUAUGGAGGUGUAGGCGCGACCACAGCCAGCGCCGCCAAAACUUGUGCUGCUAUCAUUGCACGACCGUGGAAUGAUGAAACCCUCAGCAAGGCUUAUGACAUCCUCAUCAAAGAAUUUGAUCUCCCACCUUCGAUUCCAGGAGGAAAAGCAGAGUUCCGUCGCUCUUUGAUUCUCAGUUUCCUUUUCAAAUUCAAUCUAGAGAUCCUUCAGACCCUCAGAAAGAUGAACGUGAUUGAAGAGGAAGCCAUUGAGAAGAUUGAGCCUCUGCCCAGAGAGAUCCAGCGGAGCCAUCAGGAGUUCAAUAAUGUCUCUGAGGGCCAGAGCGAACAUGACCCGCUGGGCCGACCCGUCAUGCAUCGAUCCGCCAUCAGCCAGGCCACCGGAGAGGCAGUUUACUGCGAUGAUCUCCCAACAAUUGAUGGCGAACAUUUCCUGGCUCUGGUCACCAGCUCAAAAGCACAUGCCAAGAUCAUAAGCGUGGAUGUGAGCAAAGCCCUACUACUUCCUGGUGUCAUUGACGUCAUCACGGCCAAAGAUAUUCCUGGGAAGAAAUCCCGCAUCAUUUGUGGUUAUGAUGAAGACGUGCUUGCUAGGACACAGGUGUCAUGCAUCGGUCAAAUAGUGUGUGCUGUCUUGGCGGACUCCAGAGUUCAUGCCAAAAGAGGUGCGUCAGCAGUGAAUAUCAGCUAUGAAGACUUGCCAGACCCGAUUUUUACGAUCGAGGACGCCAUUAAGCAGUCAUCCUUCUAUGAGCCACGGAGAGAGAUUGAGAGAGGAAAUGUGACAGAGGCCUUCAAGGGUGUCGAUCUGAUUCACAAAGGUGAGAUUCGUAUAGGCGGCCAGGAACAUUUCUACCUGGAGACCCAGAGCAUGUUGGUGGUACCAGUGGGAGAGGAAAGGGAGUUAAACGUUUAUGCGUCUUCUCAGUGGCCAACAGCACUUCAGAUGGCCGUUGCUGAAACGUUGGCCAUCCCGUUUAACCGAGUCAUCUGUCACGUCAAAAGAAUAGGCGGGGCAUUUGGAGGGAAAGUUGUAAAAACCAGCAUACUUGCUUGUAUCACGUCUGUGGCUGCGUGGAAGAACAACUGUCCGGUCCGCUGUGUUCUGGAACGAGGUGAGGACAUGCUGAUCACUGGUGGACGUCAUCCUGUGCUGGGUAAAUACAAGGUUGGCUUCCAGAACGACGGAAGGAUCCUGGCGGCAGAUAUCCAGAUCUACACCAAUGCUGGCAAUGCAGUCGAUGAAUCAGUCUUUGUAGUAGAGAAGAUACUGCUUGAACUGGACAACGCCUACAACAUUCCCAAUCUGCGUGGCCGAGCUGCCGCCUGCAGAACCAACCUGCCCUCCAACACAUCCUUCAGAGGCUUCGGAGUGCCUCAAGGUGCUUGUAUUGUGGAGAACAUCAUUCAUGAUGUGGGAAUGGCGCUACAGUUUCCUGUGGAUAAGAUUCAAGAGAUCAAUAUGUACAGAGGACCAUCACUCACCCACUACAAGAUGGAGUUCAGCCCAGAGAACUUACUGCGCUGCUGGGACAAAUGUAAAGUCAAGUCUGACUACAAUGCUCGCUGCGAUGGUGUAGAAAAGUUUAACCAGCAGAACCGCUGGAAGAAGAGAGGAAUCGCUAUUACCCCGAUUAAAUUUGGCAUCGGCUUUGCAGAAGGCUUCAUGAACCAUAGCGCAGCUCUGGUGAACAUCUAUGUGGAUGGCUCGGUUCUGGUGACUCAUGCUGGGACAGAGAUGGGUCAAGGAGUCCACACUAAAAUGCAACAGGUGGCCAGUCGUGAGCUUCACAUCCCCCCCUCGAAAGUCUACAUCAGUGAAACCAACACCAGCACUGUUCCUAAUACCGGCCCCUCCGCCGCCUCCUAUGGCACAGACGCCAACGGCAUUGCCGUAAAGAAUGCUUGCCAGACCCUCUAUCAGCGACUGGAGCCCAUCCGGCUGAAGAACCCCAAAGGAACAUGGGAGAAUUGGGUCUUUGAAGCCAUUAUGGAGAAGAUCAGUUUAUCUGCCACUGGAAACCACAGGGGUGCAGACUCUCACAUGGACUGGGACAAGAUGGAGGGCCGCCCCUACCCUUAUUUCACAUUCGGGGUCUGCUGUAGUGAGGUGGAGCUAGACUGCCUCACCGGUGACUACAUGACGGUGAGGACAGACAUUGUCGUGGACAUUGGCCAGAGUUUGAACCCGUCAGUGGACAUCGGCCAGAUUGAAGGUGCCUUCAUGCAGGGUUUGGGUCUUUACACGCUGGAAGAGUUGAAGUUUUCUCCAUCUGGGCUUCUGUACACCCGAGGUCCAUCACAGUAUAAAAUACCCGCUGUUUGCGACAUGCCCCUCAGCUUCAAUGUCUAUCUCCUCUCGGACUCCUACAACCCCCAUGCCAUCUACUCUUCUAAGGGUAUCGGGGAACCCGCCCUCUUUUUGGGCAGUUCAGUGUUUUUCGCCAUCAAACAUGCUAUCGCAGCAGCACGCAAAGAGGUCGGCCUCACGGGCUGUUUUUCUCUCAGCAGCCCUGCUACUGCAGAGAGAAUUUGCCUCGCCUGUGCAGCCCCCUUCACCCAAAAGAUUCAAGCGAGCAAAACAGAAUCCGUCCAUCAACCUUGGGCCCUAAACAUUUAAAACCCUCAGCUACCUGAAGUGUCUAGACCAGGGGUAGAGAACCUUUUUGGCUGAGAGAGCCAUACAAGCCAAAUAUUUUUAAAAGUAUUUCCGUGAGAGCCAUAUAAUAUUUUUUUUUUAACACUGAAUACAACUAUAUGCGUGCAUUUUUAAGAAAGACCAACAUUUUUAGAGUAUAAUAAGUCUCGUAUUCUUUUUAAUAACAUGGAUGAAAAUGCAUGAGAAUGUUUUAUAUUUUGAACGUUAUUUUUGACACUGUGAUUACCAGCGGAAUUAGUCAUUACUUAUCGUGUUAAGCAAUGUCACCUAAGAUUUAUCUGAGAGCCUGAUGCAGUCAUCAAAAGAGCCACAUCUGGCUCUAGAGCCAUAGGUUCCCUACCCCUGGACUAGACCAUCGUCUCACGCGCAAAUUAACUUUCAAUGAUUCUGCUUGCUUUUUAAAUGUGUGACCCCUUGAAACUGUACUCUUAAUAGUAAAAAGUUCAAGUUAAUGUACCAAUGAUUGUCACACAUACAGUAGGUGUGGCCCCACCCUCCUCUGUAAGGGGGGUCUACCUUCUCACUAUGAGAGUUAACUCCUUUUGUCUUACUUUUAGACCUCGCUUAGCAAUGCUAUGGUUGCAUUUUAAGGGCUGGUCUCCUAAAGCUUUAGUAAAACUUGGCUAACUA